UCGGUUUCUCUUUCUUUUCUUUUUCGGACUCUUUCUAUUUCUGGGAGACUUUCGGGGUGAUUGCUUUGCCAAUUGAUUGUUUGCUUGCUAUCCUCACGGUCAAAGACGAUCGAGAUGACUCCCAGCGUUCAGGUACCGAUGAUCUUCGAUGAUGCCACUCGUGCUUCCCCCACCAAACCGUCCGUCCUUCGCUCGAUCUGGUCCUCCAAGGGCCAUCGGAGAAACCAAUCCGCAGACGAUGCCGCCGCAGCCAGACGAUCUCAGGCGCAACCGUUUGACACUUCUUUCGUCUCCCCCCGCGACCAAGCCUACGCCACCUUGAACCAGCCGCUGGCGGAGAUCAUUCCCAACCGCGAUGCCGACGAACUGUCGUUCCAGCGGUCGUUGGAGAAACAGGAGAAGAAUACCUUGCACAAGAAGACCAAGAGCGCUGUGUCGCUCAAGUCUCUGAAGAGUUACAUGGAGCGAAAAGACCAGAAGAAUGAAGAGUUUCCCCCCGAAGAAUCAUCCAACUUGAGGCCCAAGAAGGCCAAGUCGGCCAAUAGCCUGACAGCCAUCUUGAAACGCUCCCAGGGCGGGAGAAAGUCGGAAGAGUCCAAGAGUUCCCGUGAUAAAGAAAAUCAAAGUCCCACAGACCUGGGAGACUACAUGUCUUCUCCUCCCUGGAAUGGGUAUCCGAACGACUCGUUCUCCCACCGGGGCGCUGCGCCCCAAUCGCCGGGAAAGCGGAGAACCUUGCAGGAAGAGGUCUCGCUUUACACGCCCAAGGGUUACAGUCCUGCACAGCAGCGCAACUUCUAUGACUUCCAACAGCCGUCUCUGUCGAACCGUGAGGGCUCAAAGCCUCGACCAAAGUCAGACUUCUUUGCCGGGGGGCGCAAAGUCAAGGAUUUCUUCGGAUCAUCCCACCACCUGCCUGCCGGUAAACCGCCUCCGACUGAUCAAGCGGAUUCCACAUCUUUUCGACACGGACGGCCCCGAGGUCUGUCGGGGCCCGCAGCUCGACCCGAAUUCGAGCAACGUCCGGAACAAAGCCCGCAGCGCGUCUCCCGGGUCCAGGCGGCAAUCUCGGCGUUCAAUGCGAAAGAGCAUGAGGCUGAAUUGAAAAAGCGCCUAAAUGCCAAGGACCUUGAGAGUGAAUUUGAGAAGCUGCUGGAUGCUAGGAACAUUCCUCAUAACGUGAGGGACAAGAUGAGGUCCUUGGAUACGAGCAUCAAAGUAGACUUCAUCCAGAAGGAUCGAACGGAGAGUAACACCCCCCACAGCGCCGGGGCCAGUGUGUAUGCGAAUGACAGUACCGGCCGGCGGGGCCGUAAGAACGAUCAGAAGGAUGAACGGCAGGGCCAUGAUGGAAAGGGGUCCCGUUCGCGCUCGCGAAGCCGUGGCUUUAAUUUCUCCAAGGCCCCUUCGUCCCCCAAGAAGUCCCGGCCGGAAAGUGGCAGCUCGUACCGUCGCCCCAAAUCGGGAGACUUCACACAACCCGCGACACUGUCGAAAGUCCUGACGCCUGCCAGCUCAACCACCUCUCUUUCUGCCACGGCCUGUCAGGAUACAGCCGCCGAUCCGUCGGAUUUUGUACACUAUCUACGAGAGAUCCAGAAACCGGAGAUGGUCGAGGUCGGCAAGAUGCAUAAGCUACGGCUCCUUUUGCGGAACGAGACCGUGAGUUGGGUUGACACGUUUAUUUGUGAGGGGGGCAUGGACGAGAUUGUCCAGCUGCUCUACCGCAUCAUGAAGGUGGAAUGGAGGGAGGAGCACGAGGAUAACCUGCUCCACGAAACGCUGCUGUGUCUGAAGGGCAUUUGCACCACCUCGAUCGCACUGCAUCAUCUGACCCAGAUUGAAGCAGAGCUCUUUCCGGCGCUGCUAAAGAUGUUGUUCGACGAGGAGAAGAAGGGCCCGAGCGAGUAUACCACACGCGGGAUCAUCAUCACCAUUAUCUUCACGCAGCUUUCUGCUGCGUCGUCGGAUGAGGACGCGACCGCGCGCGCCGCGCGGAUUCUUUCCUACCUGCGCGAUCCAGCACCCGCCGAAGACAAUCAGCCCCUGGCGUUUAUUGCCAACAUCUAUCAAUCACGGCCCUAUCGGGUGUGGUGCAAGGAGGUCACCAAUGUCACCAAGGAGGUGUUUUGGAUCUUCCUCCACCAUUUGAACGUGAUCCCGAUCGCGCAGACCGGGCAACUGGCCUCGGGCGGCUACCGUGAGCGACACUUCCCGACGCCCCGACCCCCAGUGCCUGCCGCGCCUUACGUGGGGGGCGUUGAGUGGGAUGCCACCAACUACUUGGCCGCACACCUGGACCUGAUGAAUGGCCUGGUGGCCUCUCUGCCGUCCAGUGAGCAUCGGAACCAGCUGCGGGCGGAGCUGCGUGCCUCGGGGUUCGAGAAGGUCAUGGGUGGCAGCUUGCGAACCUGCAAGGAGAAAUUCUAUUCUUCGGUCCAUGACUGCCUGCGGACCUGGGUUGCGGCUUCCAUCGAAGACGACUGGCCGUACCUGGCUGUGCGUGAGGGACCACCGCGACCUGACUUGGGCUCGCCCAGGAAGUCGCCCACUAAGGUUCCUGGCAGCCCCCAGAAGAACGCUCUCCCGGAACAGCCACCCAAACUGGAGCUGGCACUGGAUGCCCCUCCCAACAACGACCGACUGUCUCCGCGGGUCAAUGGCGUCAGCAAUUGGCUGUAAUAAGCCAAAUAUUCUUGGUUAAUUCCUAUUUUUUAUCUUUUUUUCUCUCUCUUUUCUUUAUAUUUGAUACUGCACUGACUAUA